GACAACAUUGACUUGACCAGAGGGACUUAGUAUAGUCAUGACUACUCUACGCUUUAGGGAGGCCCUCUUCUUUCUCUGCCAGAUGACGUCACUGGUUGUUGUUUGUGUGGGACGCGUUCCAAUAUGUAGAGAGCCGAGCUCAGAGAGGAUGAAAAAUUUGACACAGAUGUUGCUACUAGGAAGCAAUCGUUGGCUGACAUAUGACGCCGUCAAUGUCAGAUCUAAGGCAGUACUUGAAGUUAUGCCGUCAAAGAUUACUGGUGACAUUUCCACCAACUGUCCACAAAAUACCAACUCAACAUGUCCCACCUAUAUGGUAAAGGAAACAGUUCCAACGAGAAUACCUUCUGUCAUUAUGCAUGCACGCUGCGCGUGUGAUCAGUGUCAAAUAUCCGGAUUGCGAGGAAAGAACAAACAGAGGUAUAUGUGUGAGCCUUUGCACCGCUUCCUUCCGGUGUUAAAGAGACAGGAUGUGUGUGUGAAUGGGGAAUACGACUACGUCAUUGUUCAGCAGAGAGUGGCCGUGUCCUGUCACUGUGUCCGCAAACCAAUAACGAAGAAGGGUAGAAAAAAAGGCAGGAAGAGUAAAUCAAAAAAGCAGAAAAUAUCUACAAAUCAUAAAAGUCCGAAAAACUUUUCCAAAUGAUUGUUGACCUUCUUAGCGUGUACUGACUUAAUGUUUUAAUUUAUUAAAAGAUGGUU